GGGGGGCCCAUGGCGGCGCGGGGGGGCUCGGUGCUGGAGCCGGGCUGGCUCCUCUCCCCCGCCGGCCGCCCCUACCUGGACUCCAUCCUCCAGAAGAACCAGCGGAGAGUGUUCGGUCUGCUGGAGCGCCCGGUGCUGCCCCCCACCUUGGCCGCCCCCACCGUCACCUACAAACUCUUCCUCUCCGGCAAGAGCGGCGUCGGCAAGACGGCCUUGGUGGCCACGCUGGCGGGGACCCCCGUGCCCCCCGUCCACCACGAGACCCUGGGCAUAGAGGCCACCACCGUCUACUGGCCGGCCAAGCCGCGGGCCAGCGGCCGCCCCGUCAUCUUCCAGCUCCGCUUUUGGGAUUGCGGGGACGGAGCCCUGAAAAAAUUCGAGCAUCUCCUGCCCGCUUGUAAGGAGGAAGCGGACGCCGUCCUCUUCCUCUUCUCCUUCACCGACCGCUCGUCCUUCGAGGAGCUGCCGGCGCAGAUGAGCCGGGUGGUCGGCCCUGACGAAGAAAACCUCGUUAGGGUGGUCGUCGGCACCAAAUUCGACCUGUCCCCGCAGGCGGACGUGACGGAGGGGGACGUGACGGCCUUCGAGGGGGCCUGGGGGGUGCCGGUGCUGCGGGUGGGCAGCCGGCCGGGGGCCGGGCCGGGGCGCGGGGGGCUGGCCCGCGUCGCCCCCCUCCUCGACGCCCUGGUCGAGAGGCUCUGGCGGCGGGACCAAAUCGCCGCCGGCGUCGCCCCGGGGGGCGAGGGGUCCCCCCCCGCCUGA